UCCUUUUUCUCUCUCUAUGCUGCAAUUCUAGGGUUUCGAUUGCUCCCUUUUCUUCCUUCUUCCUUUGGCUACUGAGGUUCUCCCAAGACGACGACCAUGGGGUCCAUCCCCGAUCCCGGAGAGUUGACCGAGUUGACUCCGCCGAGCUUCGACGAGUUCCAGAGGCAGACUUCGCUGAUGACGAGCUGUACUCUGCUGUGGAAGGAGCUCUCCGAUCACUUCACGUCCUUGGAGCAGGACCUCCUGAAGAAAUCCGAGGCUAUGAAGCGCAAAAUCCAGACCUUGGAUAACGAGACCAAGGAAUCGCUCCACGAGCUGGAGAAGCGCGAGAACACCAUCGAAGGAAGCGUCAAGAUCGCUCUCGGAAAGGUUGAGGUCAGCAAGGAGGUGGCGUUAAUGGCGAUGGAGAGGAUUUUUGGCGACGAGAAUGGAGAGGUUGAUGACGGCGAGGGUUUACUGUUGAAGCUCAAGUCUUUUCUUCUGAGGAUGGACUCUUCAGGGCUGUGGAGGUUCGUGACGGGGAAGAAGAAGGAAUUGGAUGCGCUUAGGGCUCAGAUGCCUCUGGCGCUGGCGGACUGCGUCGAUCCGGCGAAGUUCGUGUUGGAGGCGAUAUCGGAGGUGUUUCCGGUGGACAAGAGAGUGGAGAAGAGCGAGAGAGGGAACGACUUGGGCUGGGCUUGCGUUCUGAUACUGGAGUCGCUGAUUCCGGUGGUGGUCGACCCGGUGAUCGGAAAAUCGAGGCUUCUGGUGACGCCGAGCGUGAAGGAACGGGCCAAGGAGAUCGCCGAGACUUGGAAGGCGAGCUUGGAAGAGCGUGGGGGAAUAGAGAACGUGAAGACGCCGGAUGUUCAUACUUUUCUCCAGCAUUUGGUGACUUUCGGGAUUGUGAAGAAGGAAGACGUGAAUUUGUAUAGGAAGCUCGUGGUUGGGUCUGCGUGGAGGAAGCAAAUGCCUAAGCUCGCUGUUUCCCUUGGCCUCUCUGAUAAAAUGCCUGAUAUGAUUGAAGAACUCAUUAGUAAAGGACAGCAGCUUGAUGCUGUACAUUUCACGUAUGAAGUUGGCCUUGUGGACAAGUUUCCUCCUGUUCCUUUGCUCAAAGCUUUUCUGAAGGAUGCUAAGAAGGCUGCAGCUUCCAUUUUGGAGGAUCCAAAUAACAUUGGCCGAUCUGUGCACCUAGCUGGCCGCAAAGAGCAGUCAGCACUACGGGCUGUCAUCAAGUGCAUAGAAGAGUACAAACUUGAGGCUGAAUUUCCUCCGGAAAAUCUCAAGAAGCGCCUUGAACAGCUAGAGAAGGGUAAGACAGAGAAGAGAAAGCCAGUCGCAGUCCCUGCCAACAAACGAACACGAGCGAACAAUGGUGGCCCAAUGCCUCCUGCCAAGGCUGGCCGCUUGACAAAUGCAUACGUGUCUUCUUUCCCUGCGGCUCCUACGUUUGUCAGGUCACCUUCCCAUGCUCAAUACCCAGCUCCAGUUCCCCCGUACCAUUCCCCGCCAACCAUGUAUGGCAGCAGAAGCCCACCGACAAACCCUUAUGCCUACUCACCAGAGGCUGCCCCCAUGGCUGGAUCCUACCCCGGAGCUCCCAUGACCUACCCUGCAUACGGUGGUUAUGGCAAUGGCAUGGCACCAGCUUAUCAGCAGGCUUACUACCGAUAGACAUGACUACUCAUUGAAGAUGGUAACCACUGAUAUUAUGAUAUGACCCCAAUCUCAUCUGCUUUUACAAUGGCUUGUUUGUAAUCACUAACCUUUUAAUGGUAGCGAUGGUCUGUGUGUUAAUCUGCGAUAUUUGUCGUGCUUCUUGCUUUGACAUGGCGGGAAGCUGUAUUUCUAAUGUUGAUCAAAACUUUAGUACUAGGUUAUUGUGGAAAGUAAUUAGGAUGACCGCAAUGCCAUCAAUGUUGUCUCGUCUAGUUCCUGUAGAAAACGAAAAAAGAACUUACUGUUUAUGUAUGGGUCUCUAUCUCGUUUCCCAGUUGCGGUUGAAUUUAAACAAAUGCCAUUAGUAUUUCGAGA